GCGUCAUGCGGACAUCCUCAUCUUCAUCCCUCGAACAACAUAGCGCCACCCGGACCUCCCACGGACCUCCCAGUGAGCUGCUCACUUCUGGCUUGCCUCCAACACUUGUCAGGGAAAUACAUAUUUGUGUUCCUUCUAGAAGAGUUAUUUAAGUACAUAUUUAUUUCUAAAUUUGUUUCUUGAGACUACUUUGGGAAGCGUAAUUCCUUUCCCGGGUCAGUUUUCUGCUUUCUGGACGCUCAAGGAUGGACAGCUUCCUUCACCUGGCUCUGCUCCUGCAGCUGGCGCUCUGGGAAACGACAGAGGCCAUGCACCCAGACUGUGCUGUGGUGCUGCAGCAUAUGAAGGCGCAAGAAGAAUGCUACAAUAUUCUUGAACAGGAGGAAAACAACUACUCAUCCAAGACAGGUUGCCCGACAUAUUGGGAUAAUAUUUACUGCUGGCACCGGGCCAACGUGGGACAGGAGGUCAGGGUUUCAUGUAUGAACAUCUCUCAGCUGUUUGCCGACAACCAAGCUUAUGUUUCAAGGAACUGCACAGAAGAGGGCUGGUCCGAACCUCUGGACUACCAUGAGACCUGUGUGUUUAAAGAUGUUGAAGAGCCAGAGCCAGAGACAACGUAUUUCUCCAACUUUAAACAGGUGUACACUGCUGGCUAUGCUACCUCACUCAUCUCACUUAUAUCAGCUAUUUUUGUCUUCACUGUUUUUAGGAAAUUCCACUGCACCAGAAACUACAUCCACAUAAACCUGUUCUUCUCCUUCAUCCUGAGAGCCACCGCUGUCUUCAUCAAAGACCUGAUUCUUUUUUCUGAUGCAGAUCUGGACCACUGUUUCAUGUCAACUACAGCCUGCAAGUCUGCUGUGGCCUUUUUCCAGUUUAGUAUCCUGGCCAACUACUUCUGGCUACUGGUGGAAGGGAUGUAUCUACAGACGCUGCUAGCACUCACCUUCGUCUUUCAAAAGAAAUACUUCUGGUGGUAUAUACUAAUUGGUUGGGGUCUACCGACGAUAAUCAUUGCAACCUGGAUUCUCAGUCGACACUUCUACAAUAAUAAGGGGUGCUGGGAUGACACAGAUGUGGCCUUCAUCUGGUGGAUCAUUAAGGGUCCAAUAACUGCCUCCCUACUGGUGAAUUUCAUCAUCUUUCUAAACGUGAUCCGUAUUCUGGUUCAGAAGCUGACGUCUCCUGGAGUCGGUGGCAACAAUACAAGUCACUUUAAGCGACUGGCCAAAUCCACACUGCUGCUCAUUCCACUUUUUGGGAUGCACUACAUGGUGUUUGCCUUCCUACCGGAAAACACAGGAGCAGAAGCUCGGAUCAUCAUUGAGGUUGGCAUGGGAUCCUUCCAGGGAUUUGUGGUAGCCUUGCUGUACUGUUUCCUAAAUGGAGAGGUGCAGGCUGAACUGAAGAAGCGAUUUUGGAAAUGGCAGACCGAGAGUUACCUGAACUACAGUAAACGACGGCGUACGUUGUUGAACGAAAGCAGCACGGUGACACAGAUAUCUGUUCUGGACAAAUCCAGUCCGAAAGAGCAGCAGAGCACCGAAUCACAUGCCCUCACGCCCAGUAAUGUGUCUGCAGUCUGAAAACCAUGAGACGGGUCCUGCACGAGUUGUUUUUUCCAUUGCACAACUCAUGCUGUGCACAGACUACACCUCAGAGCCUGGUUGUUGGUGGGUCUAUUUAUCCUGAACUGUGAGACCUCUGAACUUGCUGUGCAAGAAGUCAGCAUCAUCCCACACACAUUCACAGCACAUUCAGAUUUCCCCCCAGACACCAGAGUUUACAGUGUUGCUGUAAAACUACGUCAUUUGCUUUGGGGCAACUCCUCCACAUUUUACUUUCCAACACUGAACUCUUUCUGCUUUUUAAAGAAGAAAUAUGAAAAAAAAUCGAAAGGUGACCAGGGAUCUUGUUCAAAACAGAAGUAAGUCAUGGUGGAACAUAAAUGAAAAGAAGAAUAUUCUAAUUCAACACAUUCCCAAAGCUUUGAUUCACCAGUCUUAUUAUUAAGUUAAAUUAGAAUAUUUUCACACUUCAAUUUGUCACAAACAGCUCAAUGAACAGCAACAAAAUACACUACAUCAGAAAAUAAAAGAUUUUGUACAGUGAACCAAGAGAGUUUUUAAUUUGUCAAAUGUUCACUUUUUCCCAACAAACAAAAAUGCCAUACUGGCAUACUAAAAUGGCUUUGUGGUACUAUAAGUACAAAAUACUUGAUUAGAAAUAAAGGUGUAAAUUUUCUUUCUCAGUCGAUGCUGCAAUACUAACCUGAACCCUGAACAUAAGUAGCCAUUUCUCUUGCCUGUAGUCCGUUCAUUACAUGUAAUAAUUAUAAUCUGAUGAGUACCUUUAUGAGGAACUCUUGGGUGCACUAAGAGGAAAUCAUACUUGUACACAAAGAUUAUCAAUUAUUCUCAUCAGUUGUUAUUCUGACAGUUGUAAAAUUAUGUGACUAAUAAAUGAGAUACUGUUCUUUUUCAGUAGGUAAGGUAUAUUUUAUGUUUAAACUUUUAUCCAUGUUUGUUUUUAUAUAAGCAGACUUUAUAGCUGAGCCAUCUUUUCUUUGGACUUGUGACGUCAAAUUACAAAAGGAGAUGUAACGAGAAGCCUCUUUCUCAAGGAUGUCAACAACUUGUGUGUUACCAGCCUGGCAUGGCCAUGAAGAAGAUAUCCUCCAGCCAUGAGGCCGCUAUAGGCAGAGUUGUUUAAAAUUUCUUGACGACCAUUGCACACAGAUGUAUCAAUUUUGCAAUCAAGUUCCACCAUGCACCAACAAAUUUUAUCAGAACCAAAAGAGGCUAAAAAAUGUUUGGUGGGUCCCAUGCCACACUUUAUCAGCUCAACACCAUCCGUUAACCCACUUGUGCAUUGUCUUUCAUACUCUAAUAUGCAUAGAUGUGAUUUUCAUAACGACCAGAAGACCUUCCUGCAAUUACGUCAAGAAACUAUAAACGCAAAGGUUACCUGGUAUUACUACUUGUUUGUCACCAGUUUCUUUACGUUUGCAGACGGUCCAUGUAAAAAAAAAUAAAAAAUAAAAACAAAAAAAAAAAAGCUAUACUACCUGUGAUUUUGAAAGAUCCUGCGUCAACAUUUUUUUAAAAACUUUGGUCAUUCCUGUUACAUUACAUGUCUAUUUAGGAGAUGAAAAUCCAUAACGCCAUCUGUUUCUAUGUCUGCAACAUGUUGCACAGUGCAUUAGCACACAUCUGGAGCACUAGACUGUAAAAACGUUUUGUUUUGUUUUUGUGAAUGAACAGUGUUUUGUGACUGUUGCAGUUGACUCAAAUGAUUUAUACACUGACCAUACUGAAUUUAUUAAAUUUGUUUGGCUAUAGAAUCCUUACAGUAUCAAGUUAA